AUGUUCAACUUUACCGUCCAUUUCAACCACGCUAUCAUCCGGGGUGAUCGCAUCCUUAUCCGCGCCACCUACGGAAGCACCCCCUUCCACCUUGGCGAUUUGGAGGGGCACAAUGUCACCGGAAGAGUUGUACCAACUCCUUCAGGUGGCAUUGAGCUCUUCACAGUAAGGCUCAACGGCCAAGUUGUGGCCUUUGAAUUCGAUUCCUUCAAUGCGUUGGAAUUCCACGAAUUCAUCUCCAGCCAACUUCCUCCAGCUCUUCGACCCGCCCCCUUGACUGGUCUUGAGGAGAGGAUCGCACUUCUCCUCUCGCGCCACGCCAAUUAG